AUGGACAAUGAUUUCCAACUCUUCUCUCCCCGCCAGCAGUCGGGCGGGGACGAGCCUCAAGAAACAUGUUCGCAUUCCAAUGCAGAGAACUCCAACCAGGACUGGACUCAAUGGAUGAGAUGGGACGAGCCCAUGUUCUCGGAGGCAGACCAGAAGCCCAUGGAUCUUCCAUUCGUCUCACCAAACACGACUCUCAGCUCCCCCAGCCAUGUUCAGCAAAAAGACUUCUCCCCGAACCUUCCGCUUGGCUUGAUGGAGAUUCCUUCCAAUCAACAAGACGCAUACAACCGCAACGGAAGUGCCAGAGGCUCGAUCGCCUCAACCUUUCCCGGCCCACGAUCUGGCCUCAUGUCGCCGAUCUCAAGUGUGGGAGUGAGCCGUAAGCGCAAGACGGGCAGUGACGAUGAUGCCACAACUGUGACUGGACCGGUCCAGCCGGGUAAGAAAAUGCCGGCGAAGAAGCGUGCCCACAAUGUCAUUGAGAAGCGAUACCGAGCCAAUCUGAACGAGAAGAUCGCCGAACUCCGCGAUAGCGUUCCCAGUCUGCGCACAUCGAAGAAUGCGAACGGCGACUCUAACGAGGACGAUGAAGACGCGGACGGUGUGCAAUCGGCUAGCAAGCUCAACAAAGCUUCCAUACUGUCGAAAGCAACUGAAUACAUCAAACAUCUUGAAAUUCGUAACAAACGCCUGGAGGACGAAAAUACUGGACUCAAAAACCGUCUCCGACAGGUCGACAAAGCGGCCGACCAGGCCGUCACAUCGACCGCCUCCGUCUCUUCUCCCAGCAACUACACGGCUUCAAGCGACUCCAAUGCUGGCACAUCACCGACGAGCGUAUUCUCCCAGCCCGAAGAACUCGACAACUCCCCGACCUCCACCCACCCUCCGGAAGGCCUUAUCAAGAUUCCAGACUCACUUCGACGAUUCCGGGAGCACAAUGCACCCAAGGGAAUAUUCGCCGAAUCGUACAUGUCGUCUUCUCCGUCUAGUGCGCCAUACGCCCGAGAGGAGGGAUCCCGUCGUCGGUCCAAAAUGCCCAACAAGUACAUGCUUGGUGCGCUUGCAGGGCUCAUGGUGCUGGAGGGCUUUGGCUCCGAUGACGAGGAAUCCGAGACGAAGGGAUUGUUUUCGCUUCCUUUUAGUCUGUUGGACCGCUUCUGGUCUCCUAAAAUUCUCGCCCACAUGGAGUAUUAUCUCAGUAACUUCACCUAUUCCUGGCACGCACGCGCUAUAAUGCACUUCCUUCUCCUCGCGACUCUCGUCAUCGGCAGUGCAUUCAUUGUCUUCGUCUAUCUUUUCAAUGCCCGACCUGUUACAGAACGCGCUCCCACCAAAUCGAGUCCCGAGGGCAGGACUGCUCUCUCGUCCAGCGACUUCCGCCGUCAAGCUUGGCUCACGAGCAUGCAAAGAGUGGGUGUUCCACGUCACAGGUUCUUCCGCGAAUGGUACGUCGUGACGUCGCGAUGCUUUGAGUAUGUCCUCCGUUGCUUUAUGGGCUGGCGACUUUACUCGUGGGCGACUGGAAUCACCGAGGAAGACGAGAAAGGACGUGUUAAAACAUGGGACAUUGCCAUUGAUGCGCAGCUCACGGGUGGCGACGCUGAAAUCAGCAAGAGUCGUCUUGUGCUCACUAUCUUUGCUGCUGGUACCCUUCCCUCCAGUCCUAUGCGUAUGAUGCUCAAGGCUUUGCAUGUUCGCAUUCUGCUUUGGAGAGUUGGUGAGCCCGGUUCCUGGAGCUUCCAUGUUUCCAACGACAUUGCUCGUGCCCUCGCCAAGUAUCAGUGGGCUGUUGCGAGAGAAAUCAAUGACGCUCUGCCUCAGGGUCAUCCUGACAAGCUACCGAGCCACCUUGCUACCCUUGUCAACCUGGAUUGUGAAGUCGUUAUGAUUGACAGCAUCAUCCAGCGUGCGGUGAACCUGACCUGGAACCGUCCUACACAGGAAGGAACUGGUGAUGAUGAGGUUAUGCUCGACGUCGUGGAAGAAGACCCUGCUAUCCAGUGUUCAGUCGAUGCUCUUGCGGCGUGGUGGUCAAGUCACCUUUUGCAGAGUGCCUUGCUCAAGUACCUAGAAGCCAGUGAAGGGGGGCCAAUCUCGAAGGCCAGCCGUGAUGCUUUUAAAGAUAACAUCCGGAUGGCUCUUGACGUGGCGCCCGGACUUUCAGCCGCUUAUGCCCGUGCUCUCGUUAUGAAGGCUGUCUUUUUCGAGCGAGGACGCGUUGAGAAUGUUGGCGCUGUCCUUGCUACUCUCCCGAAGGAGAAGCGCAAGGGUGAACAAAGCCAGAGUGCCAACUUCCUUGACUCUUCGCUUCCUGUCUCUGUUCGCGAUGAGAUCUCCAUUGCUGUCCGCUGUGCGAUGAUUGCGGCGAUUGUGACAUCUCGAUCAUCCGGCGAAAAUAAUCUCCCUCCAUCCUUCACCAUUCAGAAGGCCAUCAACUGGUUCAACCAGCUCCCGAUAGAUCCUGUUGAACUGAGCUUGCUCGGUUUCUCUGCUGUCUACCAUUUGUUGCAUCUCUUGGGUUCCGAUGUCGACUACAUCAUCUCCUCCGACUCUUCCUCUCCCUCGGCUCCUCCAUCGGAGGCCGCUUCGGCCGACGACGAGGCCGAGGAGAGGCCCCGUACAUCCCGCACGCUGUCGGUCUGCCCUCGCGACAUUCCCAACUUGGGUCGUGUUGCUGCGGAGCUCAUCUACUGGGCCCGAAACGCUUACAAUCCGGCAUUCUACGGCUUCUCUUCCAAUCUCGUCGAGGUCAUCGUCAAAUCGUGCAACACUGUCUGUAUCAACGCAGGUAUCAACCUGGACGAGUUCCUGCAGACGCCACCUCCGGAGAUCAUGCCGUCACGCAAGCGACGCUCGCGACGUCGUCGUGCUGCCACCACUACAUCCGAGCAGUCUCCCCAGAGCGAUGCCGACCAGGAUCUAAUCGAUCCCCGCAUGGGAAAUCCUCUCCGACGAGAGCGGUCUGCCAGCAACGAUACCGGAUAUGGAAGUCUCAGCCUUGAGGAGGACACCCAGUGCAUUCCAAAUGUCCCCGAGCAAGUGCCCGAGGUCUCUGCCUGA